AUGGAUUAUCAGCGUUAUGAAAAUGUGUUCUUUGAGGCUAUUAGACACCGUGACUGGCAAGAAGUAAGACGUGUCUGUGAAGAACAUCCCAACCUUAUUAACACUUACGAAAGUUGGAUUGCUUACAAUUUUGUAAACAAUGAGCCAACCUACCAACAAUUUGAAUGUUUGAUGCAGAAAAGCACACCAUUAUUAUAUGCUAUGAGACAGGUACAGCCUGCACCAGAAGACUUGAUUCUACUGAUGGUUAAAAAAGCAACAGUAGAAAAUAUAGAACAUGAAAACUUGGAGGGUGAAACUAUUAUCAGUUAUUUGGCAAAGCAUAUGUAUACAUCAGCAUUGAGAUGUGCAUUGGAAAAGUCUGCAAGCAAAAUAAACACAGGAGAUUAUCUAAUAUUCUUCGACGGUCGUAUCGUUUUUGGACAAACACCACUACAUUACUGUCUACGUGCUCAGGGUACUUAUGAUGAACAGCGAGAAAUGGCAUUGUGCUUGAUAACAUAUGGUGCCUCAGCUUACCAAAAAGAUAGUGACGGGAAUACACCUCUUGAUUAUUAUGAUCGUAAUAAAUGUAGUAAAUACGAAGUAUCAACAAAGGAGGAAAAGAAAGAUGAACUUAAAAAAUUGCUUAUAGAAAGAGUCAUGUUCCUUGGGAAAGAAGGGGUGGGCAAAACGAGUUGUGUCCGUUCCAUGCUUGGCAAAGUAUUUAACAACAAGGAACCAUCAACAGAUGGUAUUGUAACAACAACAGUAUUUCAAACGGUUGAUGGAGAUGGCAGCAAAUGGAAGGAACAGAAGGAUGUGGAUGUUUGUGAACUAACGAAGCAGAUACGUGAGCACGCCAUCGCAGAAAAUCUCGCCAAAAAGCUGAAACAGCCAAAAAGCCAACAAGACACAACUAAUUCUGCAUCAUCUAGUUCUACAGCUGCUUCAUCGAAGCCAUCAGAAGCAACCAGAAGUGCACGCUAUACCAGGAAACUCCCAGAAGGAAUUCAUGAGAAACUUGUUAUUAAACUUGCUGUACCUGACACUUUCCAUCCUCCUACCCUCUUUGACCAGCCAUAUCAAAGAUCCAGUUUGCUUCAACGAUUUCGUCGAGCCAUAUUUGGUCAACAACUUCAAACAGCAGAGGUACCUAGCAGAAAUUCUAUUCAACAUCACAAGGAAAUUUUUAUACCAAGUGAUGUCACAUGCAUUUGGGACUAUGCCGGUCAACUGACCUAUUAUAUAUCUCACAGGUUUUUCUUGACAGAUGGAUCAUCUUACUGUGUUGUGUUUAGUGUGUUAGAUGAUUUGGAUGCUCUAGCAAACCCAAGAGAUUUCUUAAAAGGACAAUUUGAAAUGACAAAUCUUCAGAUGAAUGUAUUUUGGAUGCGGUCAAUAUACGAACAUGCUGUACUACCUUAUCGUGGAAGGACACGGAAGUUGAUCAAUGGCAUAUCCUCACCCACAAUCAGUUUAGUUGCCACACAUAAAGACAAACUAUUAGGGACUGAGUCAGAAAAGAACAAGUUGAUCACAACCAAGUUCAAAAGAAUAUUUGAUGAAGUCAAAGGAACACCAUAUGAAAGCCAUGUAGAUCGCGAGAUGUAUGUUGUAGAUAACACUGUGGCUAAGGAUGAAGGGAUUGAGAAAUUGAAGAAGAAUAUCGGAGGAUACAUGAAGACAACGGCUAAACCUAUUCCCACUACCUGGGUUGAUUUCCAGUCCAAAGUACAAGAUGUUGGAAAAACAAGACUUCAUGUUUCUUUAGAUGAGGUUGCAGAAAUUGCAUCUGAAUGUGGAAUUUCUAAAACAACGCUCAACACUGUCCUUGAUUAUCUAAACGACACUGGAAUAAUUCUGUACUCUAAGACUAAUGAGAAAUUAAAGUACACGGUUAUUACGAACUUACGCAUGAUGAUCGAUCUCUUGACAAAAAUCAUUACAGUAGUGAAACCAGAUGAUAUUGACAAGUUGCCUACACUGAUGCAUUUAUGGAAUAAACUCGACAGUGAAGGAAUUUUACAAGAAAAGUUGCUACGUCAUUUGUGGAGACAUGAGAUAGAGAAAGAUCCUAGCAACUUUGAGGUAUUCCUUGAACUGCUUAAGAUGUUUGGGUUACUGUUUGAGAAGCAAAAGGGAUCUCAACCUGGUAACCGAAUGUUCAUGGUUCCCACUCGGAUGCAAAUCAAUAAAGAGGGCUUGGAAGUUAAGGAAGAUGAGCAGCAAACAGUUUCGAUUUAUGUGACUCCUACAGACUUCCUACCAGAUGCUGUCUACAAUCUGCUGGUGGUUUCGUUUUUAGACUUGAUGAAUGACAAAGGUAGGAGUAGUGAUCAUGUGGAAUUGUUUCGGAAUCGUAGUGACUUUGACUUAGAUGAUGAGCAUGUGGUGAGUCUAGGAGCUGUCAAAAUCAAGAACAGGCAUGCACUGAAGAUUGAAAUAUCACAUAGGAUAAAAGUUGAUGAACAUGGCAAAGAAGAACCUCUCGAACCACAUCCUAGCAUCUGCAUGGAGUUUGGCGCAGCUGGUGUGGUUCUGUGCAAAAAUCAACCAAAUGGGGUAGGAGAGUUGCUUAUAGUCCCUGAUAUGGUCAAUUGGAACAGCUAUUUGGGUCAUAGCUUCAGUGUUGUAGGGCAUCCAAUGUCUUUAUAA